AUGGCUCCUCGCACGGAAUUCAGCACUGAAAAAGUGCGCAACAAGGCCCGGAAGGACCUCCUAUACAUGCUCGAGGGUGUUCGAGGGAAGAAAAAUGUUGUCUUUGAUCGCAGUUUGGUCGGCCCGAUCGGCACUAUUGUAAAGGCCACCACCCUUCAGGAAUACGGGGUCGACAAGUUCUUUGUACUUGAAAACAACAAUGUCGAUACGAGCCAGCGCAACGUCGUUUUCAUCGUGAGAGGCGAGUCCGGCAGGCAUGCCGAGGCAGUCGCAGCCCAAAUCAAACGAGUUCAACGUGAGAGCCAGACCGGUCAUGAAUUUCACAUCUUCUGGGUGCCCCGCCGGACACUACUAUCCGAUCAAAUACUCGAGGAAUCAGGUGUUUUGGGUGACGUGAACGUUGCCGAAUUGCCAUUAUCAUUCUUUCCUUUGGAGAAUGAUGUGCUGUCUCUCGAGCUGAACGACUCUUUCCGGGACCUGUAUCUCUCAAAGGACAUCACUCCCAAUUUCUUAAUGGCCAAGGCUCUCAUGGAAAUCCAGCAGAAUCACGGGCUAUUUCCCCGGAUCAUUGGAAAGGGAGAUAACGCCAAGAAGGUUGCCGAUCUUCUGGGACGGAUGCGACAAGAACUGCUGGCAGGCGGGGACUCCAGCGAAGCGAACCGUGCGGGCCUAACACCAAGCACGACAAAUGACAGUGUUAUCAUAAUCGAUCGCGAGGUUGACUUCGUCACGCCUCUUCUUACCCAGCUUACGUACGAAGGCCUCAUCGAUGAGGUGUUUGAGAUACAGAAUAAUCAGACGAAGGUCGAUACUGCAAUCGUCGGUGCCCCCGCUCAGUCUCAGUCCUCGGCAGCGACACCGCAGAGUCGAAAACGAACAAUCCAGCUCGACUCGAGUGACAAACUCUACGAUCAGCUUCGCGAUGCAAACUUUGCUAUUGUAGGAAGCCUCCUCAACAAAGUCGCCCGCCGGUUACAGCAAGUCCAAUCCGAUUACGAGACCAAGCACAAGACCAAGACGAUUGCGGAGCUCAAAGAGUUCGUGGGCCAGCUUCCCGGUUACCAGCAAGAGCACCAAAGCGCUAGGAUACACACAGGACUAGCGGAGGAGAUAAUCAAGCACACCCGGUCGGAUCAAUUCAAGGGAUUACUGGAGGUGCAGCAGAAUAUCGCCGCUGGCGCCGACCCCUCGACCCAGGCCGACAGAAUCGAAGAGCUCGUGGCCCGGGAUACUCCGAUACGAGAGGUUUUGAGAUUACUGUGCAUUUACUCAUGCAUAUCAGGUGGGAUCAAGCCAAAAGAAUUUGACCACUUCAAACGCCUGAUACUACAAGGUUACGGCCACCAACAUAUCCUCACUUUGAACAGCUUAGAAAAACUACAACUCUUCCUUUCGCGCUCAUCGCCCCUAGCAGGGAUGAUACCAAUGACGGGCAACGCCGGGCCGAGCGGCGGGGCGAAAACGAAUUAUACAUACCUGCGAAAGCAGUUGCGUCUAAUCGUGGACGAGGUUCAAGAGGACGACCCGAACGAUAUCGCUUAUGUGUACAGCGGUUAUGCGCCACUUUCUAUCCGUCUCGUCCAAUGCAUCCUGCAAAAGCAGUACCUAUUGAGCGUAACCAAGGGAGGUGGCGCAAACAUCGCCAAUGCGGCUCUCUCGUCGGGUGCCGCUACCCAAGGCUGGCAUGGCUUUGACGAUGCUGUCAAGCACGUGCGGGGCCAAACAUUCUAUGAGCUUCAAAAGGGAGAGGACAAGGCUGUAAAAGCAAGAGCCCUCCUUUCCGGAAGCGGGAAUAGGCAAACGGUCUUUGUAGUGUUCGUUGGCGGUAUCACGUUUACGGAGAUUGCGGCACUUCGAUUCAUAGCCAAGCAAGAAGAGACGCCCGACCUCUCGCGGCAGAGUUCGUCGUCGAACCUGUCGUCCGAGGUCGCUCCGGAAAUAGUCGUGUGGACUGAGGACAUGGACCUUGACAGCCCGAGUCAGGAUGACUCCGAUGUCCUGUCGGAUCUGGAUAUGAGCAGUGACGAAGCACCCGACUUUUAUGGACUGUCCAGACAGGCUGGUGAAGAAUCUGAUGAGGAUGAUGAGGCAUUCGAGGAGGGCAGUGAAGCCCCCGAAGAUGACGACGAAGCAUCCGGGCUUGGCGAUGCAUUGCUCGGGGAAGUCGCUGUGGCAUCGGAGAGCGUCAAUGCUGCACUAAGGGAGACCCACGAAGCAUCCGAGGAUGAGGCAGCACUCGGUGAUGUCGACGAACCAUCCGAGGACGAUGAUGAACUACUCAAGGAUGUUGAUGAGGCGCCUGAGGAAGUUGAUGAUGAACUCAAAGACGCUGAUGGGAUGCUUGAAGAUGCCAAUGAAGUGUCCGAAGUCAAUAGCGCCCUUGAAGACGCCGAUGGAGCGCCCGAAAAUGUUGAUCAAGCACUUCAAGACGUUGAAGAAGCACUUGAGGUCGCCAAUGAAGCCAAGGAAGUUCUGGCUGUCCCGGCAGGGGGUGAAGCAGUGCGAUCCGUCUCCUCGCCAUCAGCCUUGACCGAACUCUCCGAACUGUCCUCCUUAUCUUCAAAUGUAUCAAGCAAGGCCACGACACCUUUCGACGCAGAUGCUUCUAGAGGGGAGGAUCCUCCCAGGGUCAUUGUUCUGGAGGGCCGGAGCCGUGUGGGGGGAAGAGUGUAUUCUCGCGAACUGAAAACGCAAUCUUCUGAGAAGAACCCUCAGUUUGAAGGCAAGAGACUCUCAGCCGAGAUGGGCGGUAUGAUCAUCACUGGCUUCGAUCGUGGAAAUCCCAUGAAUAUUCUUGUACGGGCACAGCUUGGGAUCCCGUACCACGCCUUGACAGCCGAUACCACCAUCUACGAUAAUAAUGGCAAGCCAGUGGAUAUGGUCCGAGAUCUACUAGUAGAAAAACUUUACAACGAUUGCUUGGAUCGUGUGAGUGAAUUUAAGCAUAAGUCACAACCAUCCAAAUUAAUCGAAGGAAAGCGCGAUCUCAUUGAGGAUGGCCGCGACGCUCCCGGAGAUGGCAACAAAACCAUCAUGCAGGCAGAGGAAGCCACCGCAGCUUUGCCUCAUGCCCCUCCAGUCUCACUACAGAGUGUUCCAGAACAGGUAAAUAUGGUCCCUGUGUCAUCGGACAAAGUAACUGGCCGUGUACACACUCAGCCUGGGGUUCCUGCCACUCUCAAGGCGUCCGAAAAGGCCAAGCUCAUGGGAUGGGACGUAAAAGCAGGUUCUACUGACAGUGAUAACGUUGAUCUGAACGAUGCAGUCAAUCAGGAGGGGGCUACACUCGGCUCGGUUCUGGACUAUGCAUUAUCGCAGUACAAGCAUCUCAUUGAUUUGACGCCUCAAGAUUUCCGGCUCUUCAAUUGGCACGUUGCCAAUCUAGAAUACAGCAAUGCCACCAACCUUCAUCGACUCAGCCUACCACUUUGGGACAUUGAUGCUGGCAAUGAAUGGGAGGGGCAUCAUACCAUGAUUGUGGGUGGAUAUCAAAGUGUAGCCCGAGGCCUUGUCCACUGCCCAGAGCCGCUGGAUGUCAGGACGAACUUUCCUGUCAAAAGUAUCAAAUACAGAGCCGAGGCUUCAAACAGCGGCCCUGCUAUUAUUGAAUGUGAGGAUGGCACCGUGGUAGAGGCCGACACUAUUGUGUGCACGAUUCCUUUGGGCGUGCUCAAGCAGAACAGCAUCACUUUCGAUCCUCCGCUUCCAACCUGGAAGACAGGCGUUGUGGGCCGUCUUGGCUUCGGCAUCCUGAACAAGGUUGUUUUAAUCUACGACAAGAUCUUCUGGGAGCCUGAUAGGCACAUCUUUGGAGUCUUGAGGGAUCCUCCAAACCGCCACAGCACAAACCAAAAGGACUAUGGAGUGAACCGCGGCCGCUUUUUUCAAUGGUUCAAUGUUUCCAACACGACGGGCGUCCCUUGCCUGAUUGCUCUGAUGGCAGGCGAUGCAGGCUUCGAAACUGAGCAUUCCAACAAUGAUGUUCUGGUUGCAGAGGCCACUGAGAUUCUACGAGGCGUAUUCGGAAGCGAUGUUCCGUAUCCUGUUGAGGCUAUGGUUACCAGAUGGGGUUCCGACCGAUUUGCAAGAGGAAGUUAUUCAUCCGCAUCCCCUGAAAUGCAGCCGGAUGAUUACGAUGUAAUGGCACGGCCAAUUGGAAAUCUCUUUUUCGCCGGGGAGCACACAAUCGGCACGCAUCCAGCGACGGUUCAUGGCGCAUACAUGUCAGGGUUGCGAGCAGCCUCGGAGGUGUUGGAGGCGAUGUUGGGCCCGAUCGAGGUCCCGACACCGCUCGUCCUGCCGAAGGAUUCGCUGUUACUUCAGAAACGCCAAGAAUCGGCAAAGGACCCUCGCAAAGCUCUCCUGGAAGCCUAUGAGUUGGAAGUUUGGCACCAUUUGCAAUUGCAUAUUGGACAUCGCCCAGUCCGGCCCAGCAAACCGCCUGGUAACGCUUACAUGCUGUUCAGCAGGGAGAGGUUUGAGGAGGCACGGAAGCUGUGUGAAGAGAAUCGAAAGCCCGGCAGAACUAAAUCAGCCCCGAAUGAGGUCCGAGUGAUGACUUCCAAGAUGUGGAAGAAUGCCUCACCAGACGAGCGCAAACCCUACGAGGAACAGGCCACAGAAAACAAGAAGGCCUACGCAGAAGCUUUACUGCGGCACACGGAGGAGUCCGAGAAGUGGGACCGCCAGGCAAUUGCGUUGCGGGCGGCAUACGAGAAAGAGAACCCAAAACCGGUAGAGGAAGAGAAACUCACCCCAGACGAAGGGCCGGGCCCCAAGCAUCGUCGAGUCAGACCCGUGAGCUAUGCCGAGGACCGCGAUGAGGACCGCAAUUGA